AUGUCCUCGUCCGCUCGCGACGAUGAGGUGGAGAUCCUCACCGUGCUGCCGCGCGGGCCACCACAGACACGGCUGCGGAGGCUUGUCAGGCCGACCCAGAGCUGCCUGCCGGCGAAGAGACGCCAUGCCAGGACGGAGGAUGUGCUGGGCGACAGCAGCGACGAGGAACUGGUGGAGGUCAUCUCGCUGCCGACAAAACGACGCCACCAGGCCCCGGGCUCCAGCAGCCGUCAGCGCCCACGAGCUGUUGCUAAAGCGCCGUCCAAGCCCAGUCGUAUGCGCAACGCUCCUGUCAGAGGGCCGGGGAGGCGACUUCACCAGGCGGCUCCUUCCGAAUCGCGGCGGGGGCUUCCAAAGCCGAAGCUGCGACCGAAGCCCAGAGUUCGAACGCCAGCGGUGGUCGAGCUGGACGACGAAGACCAGGUCAUCGAAACGUGCAUUCCGUACGAGGAGGCAUUCUUCGGCUACGUGCCGAAAUCGCAGCCCAGUUCCCUGGACGCAGAGUGGCAGGGGCCCGCGACGGAGGAGGAAGCUGCAGCCCAGGCCGCCACAGCGAGUGAGCCGCCCGAGGAGCCGGCGGCGGUGCUGACUCCGGUCGCUGCAGUGCCGGCAGCGCCACAGGAACCGCCGGCACCGUCGCCGCCACUGCAAGCAGAAGAUCUCGCACCUCAAGACGAGGAGCAGGUCGCUGCACGCAGUUCUUCUGCAGAUACACCGGCAGCCCCUAUCUGCCCCGAGCUGCCGAAGGUCGAGCUGCCGGAAACACUGGAGCUGCCGAAAGCCGCAGAGCCAAGUCCGAUAGCUCGACCACCAGAACCCUCACCGGAGCCGAAAGUCUUCACGCCUCUGCCGGACAUCGGCCAGGAAGAGACUCGUCUUCCCGAGCCCCGCUAUUCGGAGGUCUACGUCGAGUGCGUCCGGAACAGCGCACUCUUCGAUCGCUGCUGUGUGUGCUGGAAAAGCUUCAGUGCGGGUCAGCUCCGCUUGGGCUAUGUGCCGACGGUCUCGUUGUCCGAGGAGCCGCGUUGGGUGCAUGCCCCACGGUGCCUCACGGGGGAUGGCCUCCGGGUGGAGCCACGCAGCAACUUCGCUGCCUUCGCCCCUUCGGUGCCACUGGAAGAGCAGCAGCGCAUUCUGACAGUGCUAAGCUUGCUCCGUCCCUCGCUCCCUGCCCGGGAUGCCGAGCAUCCUGUCUUGCGCCCCCGUCUCUGGCGCUGGGGAGCGGCGAUGUCGCAACGCUGGCUUCGCUAUGCCGUGCCGGCUCCCGGUGCACCCCGCGUGCUGGUGCAGCCCGAAAGGCGCUACACGGCUCCAAAUCCGAGUUCUUUGUCUCGGCUCGCCCGCACGCUAUUGGUACAGGGCCUGCGUCGGCGUCCAUCUGAGGAGGUCGUUGCACGCGCAACCCGUCGCAUCCAGAGGUCCAGUGCCCCACGGCGAGAGCCCACUGCCACAUCACAGCGUCCCCGGACAGAGGCACCGGCGGAAGAUGAAGCCAACAGCCGUGGGCGACGGCAGUGGCGGCGGCGAUCUGCUUUGGGUGAAAGGGCGGAGGAGUUCUUUGCCAUUGCUCCUGUGCUGACCCUGGAGAAGGAUGUCACAGAGGAGGAGCCCUGCGUGAUCUGCCACGAGCAACUCAUGGCAGGCGACGACGUGCGGCGCUUGCCAUGUUGCCACAUGUUCCACCGCUCCUGCAUCGACCGAUGGAUGCACACGAAGGCAGUCUGCCCUCUGGACAAACUCACGGCGGCAGAGUUGAUCGCCGCUGCCCUCGGCGAGCGGAGCAGCACGUCAUCGACAGGCAGCAGGACGACCGCGCCGGCCAGCUCUGCCGGCACUGCGCACUGA